GACGGGACCUCUGUACGAGGUCCCGAUCAUGUGAUCACUGAUUGGCCAAUCAGUGAUCACAUGCAAAGUAGUAAGCAAGAUGUCACUUGUGACAUCAUUGCUUACUACGUGUGAAAUCUGUGAAUGAUCACAGAGGUCACAUGGUACAAGGCUAUUCACAACAGCCUUGUACCAUGUGAAAUGCUGUGACCAAUCACAGCUCACUCACAGUACUUCUCAAUGAGUGCAGGAAUGCACACAGAGAGAAAGAGAAAUGAUUGCUU